AUGGCCCCGGGUCUCCUGUGUCUUGGCCUCAUCCUGAUGGGGGCCUGGCAGACCCAAGCCAAGGAUUCUACUCUGGAAAUGACCCAGAGCUCAGUUCUGAGUGAGGUCCCCCGGCAGCCAGACUUCCAGGACAAAAAGUUUCAGGGGAAGUGGUUCACCAUUGGUGGGGCAGAGAACACAGUUCAAAGGGAAGGCAAACCAGCCAUGCACAGAAUCACCUAUAAGCUUGAAGCCAACCACAGCUUCAGUGUCGUCUCCACCUGGCUCCGCAAACAGGACUGUGAGCACUGGGGCAACACUGUAGUCCCAAGUGGGCAGCCCAGCCAGUUCACCAUGGUGGAUAAUACAAGUCUCAGCGAAAUACAGAACUUCACCAUGAUAGUGGUAGCCACCGACUACAAGCAGUUUGCCAUCGUGUUCUUCAAAGUGAUUAUCAAAGACAGGGUGCAGCUGGUGGUCACUCUUUUAGGGAGGACCAUGGUGCUGAGUCCUGAACUGAAGGAGCGCUUUGUCAAGAUUGCCAUGACUCUGGGCUUCGCUGAUAAAAACAUCUUCUUCCUCGACCCCAUGGGUAAUUAUGAGCUGGGGAGAGGGGAUGGGAAUGCGGGGUCUGUCCGCACCGAUGCGGCCCCACCAGGAAAAGAAUGCAGGAGACCCUCAGCCUCCUGGCCCAGUCACUGGAGGAAUGGUGACUCCUAA